AUGGUUGUUAUAACCAACAAGAAUUGGCCAAAUCAACCAAAUAUUAUUGGUGAAUAUCCGUACUAUUUGUAUUAUAGUUAAAACAACCUAUAUUCGUUUGGUUGAAAUAUGCUCAUUUUAACAGUUUAAAUUUUAAUCAUUUUAAUUUUGGAUUUAGGUUGAAAUUCCUUUUUUAAUUGGUCAAGAUAACCAAAAAUGUUUAGUUCAAUCAACAAAUAAUUAAUAUGUUAAAAUAACAUAUUAUAGAUUGGUAGGUUAAAGUUAAUUCUCUUAACCUAUGGAAAUAACCUAUAUUUAUCGGGUUGUCCUACACCAAACCAAAUAACUUUUUUUAACCUAUCAGUUUUUACAGUCUAGAAGAUAAAAAUUGUAAAGAAAGAUUUUCGAUGAUUUAUUCUCGAAAACACAAAUGUUAUCUCGUACACUAUCUCGUACACUUUCUAAAUCGACCAGUUGCGGGUUUCAAUUAAAAAUAACAAAAAUAACACGGCGCAUUAGGGAUUUAUUUUAAAUUAGGCUACUACAUCAUAUGUCUUGUUUGAUUACGGCAAUCAGUUCGCUUGCGUUUCGGAUAUUUCGCCCACACUUACAAACUUGGUUGGAUAGUUCCGAGGUAGAACUAACUUCGAUUCCUAAAUGAACUGAACACAAUUUGGCUUAUUACGGCCACGGUUUUGCCACUGUCGUAAUCGUUUCUUUUGCUUGCCUUAAAUACAUUUUUAAAAAAUUCUCCGACGAUAUACCUUGUAUCCAUUUUGUCCAGGUUAUGUCACAACAAUCUGCAAAGCACAAGGCCAAACUCUUGAUAAAGCAGUUGUGUGGUUUGACAUAGACAACAUUCCACCUGGUACAGCAUAUGUUGCUUUAUCAAGAGUGAGAUCGCGCAAUGACAUAUAUUUCAUGACAAAGCUUGAACCUUGUUUCUUUACUCCAGUAACACGAUUGAGUCAAUUAGCAUAAAAUUUGUUUGUCAUUCUUUCAAAUAUUAAUAAUUUUACACGUUUUUACCCAUUGCUUCAACAUCAUGCAAAACCUGUCAGAUAAACGAAGUUGAAAAUAAACAAAAUUCAUUCACUUACCAUUUGCUUCUACCAUAUUUCCAAAACCGUAUCAUAAAUUUGGCUACAACUAACACAUUUACUUCAAUGCCAUAAGUGUAUUUCUGUUCACGCAAUAUGUAGAACUUUUUUCUGCAUCUUUUUUAGAUGUAUUCAGCCAAAAAACAAAUCAAAUCAAACGAACCAGUUUCACAUGCUGUAAAUUAUUUCAGACAUUUUCCCACCAACUUCCUAAAGCCAUAUGGAAUGGCUGAUGAGGCACCUUCACAAGAAGUUGUUAUGCGUCGUCUUUCGUCUAUCAACUGCGAAUUGCUUCGCAGGCCACAGACUGGCGUAAGCGAAUUCGCAGAAACAAUAGAAAAAAAUUUGAAUUCGUCAGUGAAAAUCAUUCUUCUUAUGUCAAGCAAAGUAGCGUCAAGACCAUCAAAGAUAACGUUUGUAUAUUUUACGGAUCUGGUGAAAAAACUAAACACAAAAAACGCCGAUCAGGAACCUGCUACCCCAGACGACAUGAAGCUAUUCCUUAAAGCCAUGCUCACAGAAAAUGAAGCAGUCGACAAGUUCUUCCAAGACAUGAUGAAAUUUGGAGGUGCAAUGAAUCUCCUUGGCACCCAUUAUACAGUGAUCAAGACACUUUUAAAUAACCCUGAUGCAUAUGCAUCUAAAGGGCACGAAACAUUCUAUCCAGAGAUGACAGAAUUCAAAGCAAACCCGACUGUAAAAGGCAUGCGAACCCUACUGACGGAGACAUGUACGACAAGUGCCGCAGUAACACAUCAUGGUGUAAAAAGGAAUUUGGCAGCAAUGCUCGAAUCUGACGACGAGGAAGAGGAACAACAAACACCACCAGCUGCACCUGCACCGGCACCAGAAAAGCCGAAAGGAAAAAAGCAUAAGAAAAGUAAGAAAAAUCAUUAA